UACUUUUGAAAACGGGGACCGAAAUAUCUCCACAUGUAAGCGCCAGUGAAGAGGGCAGCCAAUGAGAACCUGCGCGUCGCGUCUCCAGGGCAACACUCACGGCGUCCUGAGAUCUCCAUGACGACACUUCCUGAGUGCGGUCUCCGGUCCCGUGUGAAGAACGGAGCGUUACAAACAUGUCUUCUGAGCAGAAUAGGGAGCAGACCGAAGGACAGUCCGAGUUUGACAGCCAGUGCCUCGUCUUCGCAGGGUCUAAAGAGGAAGACGUUGACUUCGCGAAAGUCUUCUGGAAUUCCGUCUCGCUUCACCCGCCGUGGGAGUCUCGGUUGGUUUCUGGCGACAUUAGGCAGCGACUCAAAGUCGCAAACAGCAGCCAGCAAAAUGCACGUAUUUCGCAUGCACCUCCAGCUGUGGACACCAGAAAAGAGCCAUUCCUGCUAGAAGCGUAUAUCAAGGAGAAAACGGAGGAAAAACUGGGGUACUUAGAGAAGGCUAGAAAGAGAGAAGAUAUCAUGGAGCUCCUCCGGAAACAGAGGGCUGAGCGAAUCAAGAAAGAACUGCUAUCUCGUCCAUACCAACCGAAAUAUACCCCAAAAGUUCAAAGCUCCACUGCAGCAGACAGCUCUGAAGAGGCUUGGGAGACCCUGCGGAGCCUCAGAGACUUCAACUGACACCUGGGCAGAGAGAAGCAGGACUGUCCUUCCAUUUAGUGUCAAUUCCAGGGAAGCCUGUCUGCUAUAUCCGGGGGG